CAUAUAUAUAUAACAUGCCAAGAGGGAAAGUAAUGGCCCCAAGGUCAGGGAAAGGGAAAUCAAAUAAAGCUAAGGCAGAGAAGAAGAAAAAGGAAGAAAAAGCAUCAGCGCCUACUCUUGUAGACAUCACUGUGUUCACUCCCUAUGAUUCGCAGAUUGUCUUGAAGGGUAUCUCUACUGAUAAGAUACUUGAUGUAAGAAGACUAUUGGCUGUGAAGGCAGAGACAUGCCAUUUUACAAAUUAUUCUUUAUCUCAUGAGGCCAAAGGUCAGAGAUUAAAUGACAGAGUGGAAGUUGUUACCCUAAAGCCAUGUCUUCUGAGAAUGGUUGAAGAGGAUUACGCAGAGGAAGCCCAGGCAGUGGCACACGUGCGGAGGCUCUUGGACAUUGUGGCCUGCACAACCAGGUUCGGGAAGCCCAAACGAGGCUUGUCAAGCCCAGACUCAAAGCCCAAGAAGAACGGCAAGGCCCAACAUCAGAAUAAGACCAGUUUGAGCCCACCUGCAACACCCAAUGGGGAAUCCCGGGUCGGGUCACCGUCGUCGGAGCCGCCUGCAUCGCCGAUCUCGGAUAACGUGGGCAUGGUGGCCAUUCACCCAACACCAAAACUCUCAGAUUUCUACGAGUUCUUCUCGUUUUCUCACCUCUCUUCCCCGAUUUUACAUUUGAAGAGAUGUGAACUGAAGGAUGAAGAUGAGAGACGCAAAGAAGAUUACUUUAUGCUUCAGGUGAAAAUAUGCAAUGGGAAGGGAGUAGAAGUGGUAGCUUCAGAGAAGGGGUUUUACACUGUAGGAAAGCAGUCUUUGCAGAGCCACACGUUGGUUGAUCUUCUGCAACAGCUCAGCCGAGGUUUUGCUAACGCAUAUGGAUUAUUAAUGAAAGCUUUUUUGGAACGUAAUAAGUUUGGAAAUGUUCCGUGUGGAUUCCGAGCAAAUACAUGGCUAGUCCCUCCUUCUGUUGCCGAGUCUCCUUCAAACUUUCCUUCUCUUCCCGCUGAGGAUGAAAACUGGGGUGGUAAUGGUGGUGGUCAAGGAAGAAAUGGUGAAUACGAUCUUAGACCAUGGGCAACAGAUUUUGCAAUAUUGGCUUCUCUUCCUUCCAAAACUGAGGAGGAGAGGGUGGUCAGAGAUAGAAAAGCUUUUCUUCUGCACAGCCAAUUUGUUGAUACUUCAAUAUUUAAGGCUGUUGCAGCUAUACAGCAUGUCAUGGAGUCCAAUUCAAAUUUGAAGAUUGAAUUGAACUCUUGUCCAGAUUCAAUUCUGCAUGAACAGCACAUGGGGGACUUAUCCAUUGUUGUCAAACGUGAUACUAGAGAUGGAAAUAGAAAGUAUGAUUCCAUAUUGAACGAGUCCAGUAUGCUUAAAGAGGAUGCUCAGAAGAAUUUAAUCAAAGGGUUGACUGCAGAUGAAAGUGUAAUUGUUCGUGAUACUUCAUCCUUGGCUUUCGUUGUUGUGCACCACUGUGGAUAUACUGCAACAGUAAGGGUUGUUGGUAAUGUGAACGUGAGGAAGCCUAAAGUUCGAGAUAUUGAAAUAGAUGAUCAGCCAGACGGAGGAGCAAAUGCUCUUAACAUCAACAGUUUGAGGCUACUGCUUCACAAGUCUGGAGCUGAGUCAUCAGAAGGGACUUCAUCAUCCUUAUCGAAUUUUGAUGACUUGGAUGCUUCUAAAUAUGUUGUUCGGAAGGUGGUUCAAGAAUGCAUGGAAAAGAUAAAGGAGGAGCCAAGUGUUUCAAAAAGGUCUAUUCGAUGGGAACUUGGUUCCUGUUGGAUGCAGCAUUUGCAAAAACAGGAAACUUCAACAGAUAACAGUUCCAAAAACAAAGAAGAUGGCAAUGACGCUGAGCAAGCUGUUAAAGGUCUUGGAAAGCAAUUUAAACUUUUGAAAAGGAGGGAAAAGAAACCAAGUAAUGUAGUAGAUGUUGCUGAUUCUGGGGAGCAAAAGGACUCUACACCUGGCAACGUAAAUGUGGGAACUGAUACAGUUGAGCCAAACAACGACAACUUAAUUAGCUCUAAUGAAUUGGAGAAACUACUUUCUGAAGAUGAUUUUUUGCGUCUCAGAGAAUCUGGAACUGGUCUUCAUAUGAAGUCAGUGGAUGAGCUUAUCAACAUGGCACACCAGUUUUAUGAUGAAAUUGCCUUGCCGAAGCUGGCUACAGACUUUGGAUCACUUGAACUUUCUCCAGUGGAUGGUCGUACAAUGACUGACUUUAUGCAUUUAAGAGGAUUAAAGAUGCGAUCUUUGGGUGAAGUGGUUAAACUUGCAGAGAAUCUUCCACACAUACAAUCCCUUUGUAUUCAUGAGAUGAUUACUCGAGCUUUUAAGCAUCUUCUUAAAGCAGUCAUUGCCUCUGUUGACAACAUGGCAGACUUAUCUUCAGUAAUUGCAUCAACGCUGAAUUUCUUACUUGGAGGUGGUGGAACUGAAGAUAAUGAUCAAACUUUGGGUGAUGACCAUCAUCUCAGAAUUCAGUGGUUACGUAUAUUUUUGUCCAAAAGAUUUGAAUGGACUUUAAAUGAUGAAUUUCUACAUUUGAGGAAGUUAUCAAUUCUAAGAGGUCUCUGUCACAAGAUUGGAUUAGAAUUAUUACCAAGAGAUUAUGAUAUGGAGUCUCCUAAGCCCUUUAGGAAAUAUGAUAUUAUCAGCUUGGUUCCUGUUUGCAAGCAUGUAGGGUGCUCCUCAGUAGAUGGACGCAAUUUAUUGGAAUCAUCCAAAAUUGCUCUUGAUAAAGGAAAGCUUGAGGAUGCUGUAAAUUAUGGAACUAAGGCAUUAGCAAAGAUGAUGGCUGUUUGUGGUCCAUAUCAUCGAGCUACUGCAAGUGCGUAUAGUCUUCUAGCCGUGGUUCUCUACCACACUGGAGAUUUUAACCAGGCCACCAUUUAUCAGCAAAAGGCCUUGGAUAUAAAUGAGAGGGAGCUUGGGCUUGACCAUCCUGACACAAUGAAAAGUUAUGGAGAUCUUUCUGUUUUUUAUUAUCGUCUGCAACACAUUGAGCUGGCUCUGAAGUAUGUCAAUCGUGCUCUAUUCCUUCUUCAUUUUACUUGUGGGCUGUCUCAUCCAAACACAGCUGCAACAUAUAUAAAUGUGGCUAUGAUGGAAGAGGGCAUGGGAAACGUUCAUGUGGCGCUCAGGUACUUGCAUGAGGCUCUUAAAUGCAACAAAAGAUUGUUAGGAGCAGAUCAUAUACAGACUGCUGCAAGCUAUCAUGCCAUAGCUAUAGCUCUGUCAUUGAUGGAAGCAUACUCUCUAAGUGUGCAACAUGAGCAAACUACACUUAAGAUACUUCAAGCAAAGCUUGGACCAGAAGAUCUUCGUACACAGGAUGCUGCCGCAUGGCUUGAAUAUUUUGAAUCAAAAGCCAUAGAGCAGCAAGAAGCAGCUAAAAAUGGAACUCCAAAGCCAGAUGCAUCCAUUGCAAGCAAAGGUCAUCUUAGUGUGUCAGAUCUCCUGGAUUUUAUAAGUCCUGACAACGAUUCAAAAGGAAAUGAUGCUCAGAGGAAACAACGGCGUGCAAAGAUACUCUCAAUAAGUGAUGAAAAUCGUCAAGAACAUGAUGAUACAAUAGCUGAUGAGGGCAUUCUUUUUGAUAACUCAAAUGAUGCUACAACUAUGGUAGAAGGCAAUAUAGAAGAAACAAAUGAAACACUUGAUACUGAAGAACUCAAAAAAAAUGGUGACUUCACCAGGCACAAGCCAGUGACCAGUGAACCUGUUGAUGAGGCAUCAUUUGAUGAAGGUUGGCAAGAAGCCAAUUCAAAAGGGCGGUCAGGAAACGCUGCUAACCGCAAGUUUGGACGCAGACAACGACCGCUUGUAUCAAAGCUCAGCAUUAACGGUUCUGAUAACUACAUUUACAGGGAAGGCAGUUUUAGGAACGACAUUACUUCACCGCCAAAAAAAGGAGCUCCAAAAGUCAUUUCAGACAUGUUAUCUCCGUCUAAACAAUCAAAAACUCGAAACUUAAUGUUGAACGAGGAUUCUGUUAAUCAUCCAACAAAAGCUUUAAUGUCCAAAGUUUCAUCUUCUCCAGCAUCUCUAAGUUCUUUGGCUUCAAAGUCUAUAUCAUACAAAGAAGUGGCUCUAGCACCACCAGGUACGGUUUUAAAGCCAUCGUUGGAAAAAGUUGAGAUGGACAGUGCAAAUGCUGAAAACGAAGCAUGCAGCAGUCUUCCUGUGAUAUCAAUAAAUGAAGGUACGGGCAAAAGUUCCACAGUUAAUACAGUUUCCGAGCAUGAUGAAAGAGAGGGAACUGGUGAAAUUGAACCUCAACAAGAAAAUUCUGUAUCAGAACCUGAGAAGGUUUCACUUGCUUCUGAUCAGGAAAAAGCUACAGAAACAAAUGGUAGUAAGCUUUCAGCUGCGGCCAAACCGUUCAAUCCAGGAACAUUGUCCAUGUCUCACCAUUUAAAUUCAGUUUCCAUCACAAGCAUAUAUGAUGCAAAUGUUAGUCAAGCCAUGCAUGUGGAGCCUGUGCUUCCCCCUGCUGCUGCUAGGGUCCCUUGUGGACCUAGAUCACCUAUUUAUUACAGAAACAACUAUACUUUUCGCAUGAAACAUGGUUUUAAGAAAUCACCUAUGAGGGAUGGAAGUGGAUUUGGAGCUCCAAGAAUCAUGAAUCCACAUGCACCUGAGUUUGUUCCCAGAAGUGCUUCCAGUGAUGCCAAUUCAAAUGUUUCUAGUGAGCAUAACUCUUUGUCUGAAGUUGGCAUGGCAGAAAAAAAUAAGCUAGGUGAAAAUUUUGUUGAAGCCAAGGAUAGUUCCUCAAAAUCCAGCAUUUCUGAAUCUGAGAAAUCAGAGAUAGCAAGACAGAUAUUGCUUGGUUUUCUUGUUAAAUCUGUUCAGCAAAAUAUUGACUCUGCAGAUGAAUCUAAAGUUAGAGAAGGAAAGAUUGAGAACUUGGAAAAUUCUUCUGAUGAAAUAGUCAAAGACAGUGCUGUCAUAAAAAUCAUUUAUGGGAAUGAAGAAAAGAAUAUGACAGCUCCUCAUUCCUGUGAUAGUGAAGAGCAAGAGAAAUUAGAUGUAACUGGAAAAAAGGAUGGAGAUGGUGAAGGAUUUACAGUUGUUACAAAGAGGAGAAAAAGCAGGCAGAAGAUCACAAAUGGAGUCACAGACUUGUACAACCAGCAGUCCAUUUGUGCUUCAGCUCAUUGAGUAUAGUUACGAAAUGAAUCACCAAUGCUCCAAUAUUGUCUAUCCCGUCUUGAGUAUUUGUUUGGCCAAAGCUCUUGACAUCAUUUUGUUAACAGUAUAUAACCCCGUGGCAUGGAAUUUCGGUCAUUAAAUUCAUUUUGUUUUUGUUUA